UACCUGGAGAUCGCAUUCCGGGAUCCCGACAAUGUCUAAUAGAACAGACGCAAAGACUCUGCUUAUAGGCCUUCUGAUAGGCGCAACAGUGUCGGCCGCAUCAGCCGUUUACCUCCUGCUCACCUCCAAAAAAUCUGCUGGGAAUUCGUCGUCCCCAAACACCCCUCCCAUCCGAACUGGUGUCGAAAGUUUGAUAGGCAACACACCUCUGUUUCGCAUCCGAUCGCUAUCAGAUGAGACAGGAUGCGAUAUACUUGCGAAAGCGGAGUUCUUGAAUGUGGGUGGAAGCACAAAGGAUCGCGUGGCACUGUCGGUUAUCAAUGAAGCGGAGAAAGCCGGACUAAUCCAACCCGGUAGAGGAGAUACGAUAUUUGAGGGGACUGUGGGGAGUACGGGAAUAUCAUUGGCGGUAAUUGCCAAGGCCAAAGGGUAUAAAUGCCACAUUGUUAUGCCAGACGAUCAAGCCAAAGAAAAAUAUGCUCUUCUCCAAAAAUUGGGCGCUACAGUUGAAAAAGUUCGUCCAGUCUCCAUAGUAGACAAGAACCAUUUUGUCAAUCUUGCGCGGAAGAGAGCGGAUGAAAUGAAUCUGAAGGCAGAUCAGGAAGGCAAUGGUCCUCGGGGAUUCUUUUGUGAUCAAUUCGAAAAUCUGGCGAAUUAUCAGGUUCACUAUCAAACGACAGGACCUGAGAUCUACGAGCAAACCGGAGGGAGAUUGGAUGCUGUCGUCCUCGGGGCUGGGACCGGAGGUACAUUAGCAGGAGUAACGCAUUACCUGAAACCACUGAUACCCAACAUGAUUGCCGUCCUGGCCGAUCCCCACGGAUCCGGUCUCUACCACAAAGUCAAACACGGAAUCAUGUACUCACCCAUGGAAGCCGAGGGAACAAGAAAACGCCAUCAAGUGGAUACAGUAGUCGAAGGCGUAGGAAUCAACAGACUGACGAAAAAUUUCGCCAAAGUCGCAAAGGGCUGGCUGGAUGAGGCCGUGAGGGUCACAGAUAAGGAGGCUGUGGAGAUGUCAAGAUAUCUUGUUAAAAAAGAUGGAUUAUUUGUGGGGAGUUCGUCGGCAGUGAAUUGUGUUGCGGCUGUUCGCAUUGCCCGAGAAUUGGGACCGGGACACACAAUUGUUACCAUGAUCAACGAUCAUGGAACUCGUCAUCUUACAAAGUUUUGGGACGAUACAUAUAUUGAGCGAGAGGGCCUCACACCCAGCGCGGAGGGGUUAGAGUUUUUAGAUCCACCAACAUAACAUAUUAUUCGUCUUGAAUGUAUACAAAGUAACAUAUCAUUCAUGUUUGCACGC